GAUCGCUUGCACAUUCUCAACGCCUUUCUUCAAUUGCCUCAUCAAGAUGGAUGUUACUGACUCAGAAGUGCUGCAGAUGUUCUCGUGCAUUUACGCCACUCUGGCGGGAAAUACUAUCCUGAUAUACGACCAUAUGACGACCCUACCAGAAGAAAUCGCCUUUAUAUGGUGUCGUCCGAAAGCGUUGUCUGCAGUGUUAUUUCUGCUCAAUCGCUAUGUCGCCCUCUUCGCCAAUAUCUGCGGCUUAGUUAUGGAUUUCCUGCCUGUUUCAGACGAGGUUCAAGGUUCUACUUUACUUUCUUGUCUAUCGCUCUUGCUUAACGAAGAUUUAGUUGUUCGAAAUACACGCUGUACAGACAACUGGUCAUUUUCGGCCAAGCAAUCAUCGUUUGUCGUGAGUGGAUUUCAUUUCGAGAAACUCUUACAUUGAAAAUUUCAGUCAUAAUGAUCAUUCGCACUUAUGCUCUCUACGACCGUAGCAAGCACAUGCUUGCUUGGCUGAUAAUCAUCCUCGUUGCUCUUGCAGGAGCAGCCUCGGUGGGAACGUUUGGACGGUUUUCAGGCAAUACGAUCAUCUUGCCAGGAGUUGGUUGCUACGAAACGUAUACAGCAGAGACAUCUAUCCGUCUCGGGCUGGCAUGGGUGGCCCUAUUUGUCUUCGAUUUACUCAUUUUCACCCUCACAGUGUACAGGAUUUGCAAAACUAGAGGUUUGCUGCGGUUUUCUCUGGUCACCAGGAGAAUUGUUAUUGUGCCGUAUUUCACGACG